AUGGUACAGCUCAUGCAAGGGCCCGCCGCCGAAGCUCCAGCCAGCUCACAGCUCCAGCUCUACACCCUCAUCAUUCUGCGAAACAUCAUCAUGGGCGGCGAACAGCGUGUCAUUCCCGUGUCUUCUGACUACCCCAAGCUCGCGGCUGGUCCCGUGGGCAAGCAGAUCGACCGCAUCUACCGCGACCGCCUGAACCAGUUCACGGAUGGCGGGCAGUACUACGGCCAAGGCCUGUUACCAAAGAUCGUAUAUGCCAAAGUUGGCGCGAACCCGGGUCCGUUCAAGCUUUCCGUCUACUCUCCGCCCAACCUCUCGCGCCCCACGUUUAAGGACGCCGUCUCCCAUGACUUCAAACCGAUCAUACCCGGCCAUUGGUUCGGGCCCGGCUGGUCGACGCACUGGGUCAAAAUCCAGAUGACAGUCCCCAAAGAAUUCUUGAAGUACGAGCACCUCGAGUUCAAAUGGGACGCCGGUUGCGAAGGCAUGAUAUGGACAGAACACGGCGACGUUGUACAUGGCCUGACCGGCGGCGGUGAGCGCACCGAAUGGAUACUACCCAAAGAAUUCAGGGACGGGAAGGAGCAUACCUUCUACGUCGAGGUGGCAUGCAACGGCAUGUUCGGCAAUGGUAACGGCGGUUCCAUCCAGCCGCCAGACCCAAAUAGGUCCUUUCGCCUGAGCAUCGUCGAGAUCCAAGCCAUUAACCUAGAAGCACGGGCUCUUCGCUAUGACUUCUGGGAAUUGGGCGAUGCAGCGAGGGAGUUUCCGGACGACUCUGUUGAGAAGCACGAGGCGCAGCAGGUCUGCAAUCGCAUCAUAGACGCUUUCAUUGCUGGCGGUGGAAGCCAGGAAAGCAUCCUUGAAGGCCGCAAGAUCGCGCGCGAGUACCUUGGCCAUGUCGAUUCACACAAAGUCUACGAGAGCGACAAUGAGGCUAUUGUUACUGGCAUUGGCUAUUGCCACAUUGACACAUGCUGGCUGUGGCCGUUCGCCGAAACCAAACGCAAGGUCGCGCGCUCUUGGUCGAACCAGUGCGAUCUAAUUGAUCGGUAUCCCGAGCUGCGCUUCGUCUGCACGCAAGCUCAGCAGUACAAGUGGUUAGAAGAGUUGUAUCCAUCUACUUUCGACCGCGUUAAGAAGAAGGUCAAAGAAGGCUCCUUCCAGCCUAUCGGAGGGAGCUGGGUAGAGCACGAUACCAACCUCCCUGGUGGAGAGUCGUUGAUCAGACAAUUUCUCUACGGACAACGAUACUUUGAGAGCCGAUUCGGACAGCGGUGCAAGACAUUCUGGCUUCCAGAUACCUUUGGCUAUUCUACACAGCUCCCCCAGAUCUGUCGGAUCUCUGGGAUGACACGGUUCUUGACGCAGAAGCUUAGUUGGAACAACAUUAACAACUUCCCUCACACCACAUUUAGUUGGGUAGCUCUCGACAAUAGCCAGGUUAUUUGCCAUAUGCCACCAUGCGAGACGUAUACUGCCGAAGCACACUUUGGCGACGUCAAGAGGAGUGUCACACAGCACAAGUCUCUCGACCGAGACAACACUUCGCUUAUGGUCUUCGGCAAGGGAGAUGGAGGGGGUGGUCCCACCUGGGAAAUGAUGGAGAGACUGCGAAGAUGCCGCGGAAUGAGUGACAACAAGGGUGGUCGUUUACCGCGCGUAAAACUCGGCGACUCUGCCGAUGACUUCUUCGACAAGCUAGAGAAGAAGGUCGAGCAAGGCCACGAACUCGUGACCUGGUACGGUGAGCUCUACUUCGAGCUGCAUCGCGGAACAUACACAACGCAAGCGAACAACAAGCGUAACAACCGGAAAUCUGAGAUCAUGCUCAGAGACAUUGAGUACCUGGCAACGCUCGCCACAGUUCGAAAUGCCUUCGGGAAGAAGAGCUCGUACAAGUACCCCAAGAAGGACCUAGAUGAUAUCUGGGAAGGCGUUCUGUUGUGCCAAUUCCAUGACUGUCUGCCUGGUAGCUCGAUUGAGAUGUGCUACCGUGACUCGGACGAGAUCUACGCCAAAGCAUUCGCUACUGGCGAAAGGUUGCUUUCAGAUGCACUAUCGGAACUUGGCUUCGAUCAGGACAUCAAGCACGACAGCGACCUCUUUGCGCUGAACACUCUUCCUUGGCCAAGAACCGAACUUGUGAAGCUUCCGCCGGUUGCCGGUCUUCCAACAUACGGCCUCGCGCAUGGGGACAGUAUGAGCGCCUUAGAGGUUCGCCCGCUUGCCUCUCCUUACUCCGCCACCACUUCAUCCGUGAAGGAGAUCCGACCGGAUGUGUUCGAGCUUCGCAACUCCCAAUUUGUAGUUGAGGUCUCUAACGGCGCGAUCACGUCGCUGUACGAUAUCAACGCCGAUCGCGAAAUCGUUCCAAAGGGUGCUAAGGCGGCCCAACUUGUCAUAUUCGAUGACAAGCCGUUGUACUGGCAAGCCUGGGAUGUCGAAGUUUACCAUCUUGAGUCUCGCCAAGAGUUGCCCCCGUCAAAGGUGGUCAUUUCAGAGGACGGACCUCACCGUGUCUCACUCAACAUCGAAACUAAGAUUUCGGACAAGUCAUGGGUUAAGACCACCAUCUCUCUACCUGCGGCAGUCGGCAACGCCCCAACAAGUGUCGAGAUCGACGCGGAAAUCGAAUGGCAGGAAACAAUGAAGUUCCUCAAGGUGGAGUUCCCGGUUGACAUCGUCAACACGGAAGCCAGCUACGAGACGCAAUAUGGUAUUGUCCGUCGCCCAACCCACUACAACACAACUUGGGACAUGGCCAAGUUCGAAGUCUGCGUCCACAAAUGGGCCGAUCUCUCAGAGGCUUCAUACGGUGUUUCCAUUCUCAACGACUCGAAAUUUGGAUUCGCAACCGCAGGGAACGUCAUGAGACUCUCGCUCCUCCGCGCGCCAAAGGCCCCAGAUGCACACGCCGACAUGGGCCGUCAUCACACCCGCUACGCCAUCUUCCCCCACGCCGGGUCCCUCAACGAAGCUACCGUCCGCAAGGCCUUCGAAUUCAACAAUCCGCUCCGCAUCGUAGGCCGCAAGGCCAGCUCUAACCCCUCCCUUCUCAACUCCUUCCAGAUCCACGGCGCGCCAAACCUCGUGCUCGAUACCAUCAAGCGAGGCGAAGACGACGAGGACGUUUCCCGCGGCGAGCUCCCCGUCAAGAAAGGCCAAUCCGUCAUCGUGCGCAUCUACGAUGCGCUGGGUGGAAAGAGCAAAGCGGUGCUCACUUGGGGCUCUUUGCACGUCAAGAAGGUUGUCAAGGUGAAUGCGCUGGAGGACGACAUCGAGGGCGAGAAGGAGAUUGUGCUGACGGAGGUGGAGGGGAAGAAGGGGGCUAAGCUUGAGAUCAGGGCUUUUGAGGUUGCAUCGUACAAGCUUGUUUUGUAG